GUCGGGGGCAAGCAAUGCAGAGAAGAAAAACAAUCUUUCAUUGACGGCCUACUAUGUGCCAGGCCCGGUGCCCGGAGCUUUAUUACAGGGGCCUCCCCAAUCUGCUGCCGGCACGUGUGUGCAGGGACAGAGGACGCUGCGGCCCAGGGGCCAUGCAGAGGCCGGCUGGGAACCUGGCGGCCCGGAGCAGCCUGCUGUAGCAGAGACCGCCCAGGGCUGCGCGGCGGCGGCAGCUGAGCCAUGGAGGCCCCGUAUUCGAUGACAGCACACUACGACGAGUUCCAGGAGGUGAAGUACGUGAGCCGGUGCGGUGGGGGAGGCUCGCGGGGAACGUCGCUGCCCCCCGGCUUCCCGCUGGGUGCGGGGCGCAGCGCCACCGGGGCCCGAGCCGGGCUGCCGCGCUGGAACCGGCGCGAGGUGUGCCUGCUGUCGGGGCUGGUGUUCGCCGCGGGCCUUUGUGCCAUCCUGGCCGCCAUGCUGGCUCUCAAGUACCUAGGUCCGGGGGCGGCGGGGGGCGCCGCCUGCUCCGAGGGCUGCCCGGAGCGAAAGGCCUUCGCGCGCGCCGCCCGUUUCUUGGCCGCCAACCUGGACGCCAGCAUAGACCCGUGCCAGGACUUCUACUCCUUCGCGUGCGGCGGCUGGCUGCGGCGCCACGCCAUCCCGGACGACAAGCUCACCUACGGCACCAUCGCGGCCAUCGGCGAGCAGAACGAGGAGCGCCUGCGGCGCUUGCUGGCGAGGCCCGGGGGUGGGCCGGGGGGCGCGGCCCAGCGCAAGGUGCGCGCUUUCUUCCGCUCUUGCCUGGACAUGCGGGAAAUCGAACGGCUCGGCCCGCGGCCCAUGCUCGAGGUCAUCGAGGACUGCGGGGGCUGGGACCUGGGCGGCGCGGCGGAGCGCCCGGGGGCGGCGGCGCGCUGGGACCUCAACCGGCUGCUGUACAAGGCGCAGGGCGUGUACAGCGCCGCCGCGCUCUUCUCGCUCACCGUCAGCCUGGAUGACAGGAACUCCUCGCGCUACGUCAUCCGCAUUGACCAGGAUGGGCUCACCCUGCCAGAAAGAACCUUGUACUUAGCUCAGGACGAGGAGAGCGAAAAGAUCCUAGCAGCAUACCGGGUGUUCAUGGAGCGCCUGCUCAGCCUCCUGGGUGCCGAGGCAGUGGAGCAGAAGGCCCGGGAGAUCCUGCAGCUGGAGCAGCAGCUGGCCAACAUCACAGUGUCCGAGUAUGAUGACCUCCGGCGAGAUGUUAGCUCAGUGUACAACAAGGUGACCCUAGGGCAACUGCAGAAGAUCACCCCCCACCUGCGGUGGAAGUGGCUGCUGGACCAGAUCUUCCAGGAAGACUUCUCGGAGGAUGAGGAGGUGGUGCUGCUGGCCACAGACUACAUGCAGCAGGUGUCACAGCUCAUCCGCUCCACCCCCCACAGGAUCCUGCACAACUACCUGGUGUGGCGCGUGGUGGUGGUCCUGAGCGAGCACCUGUCCCCGCCGUUCCGAGAGGCGCUGCAUGAGCUGGCCCGAGAGAUGGAGGGCAGUGACAAGCCACAGGAGCUGGCCCGUGUCUGCCUGGGCCAGGCCAACCGUCACUUUGGCAUGGCGCUUGGUGCCCUGUUUGUACACGAGCACUUCUCGGCUGCCAGCAAGGCCAAGGAAGCCUACCUGGUUUGUCAGCCGCAGGACGCUCUCCCCACCAAGCUCCUGCCCGGCCUGCUCUGCCAUGCUCAGUGGGAUGGCCUUAGGAAUGUACAGCAGCUGGUAGAAGACAUCAAGUAUAUCUUGGGCCAGCGCCUGGAGGAGCUAGACUGGAUGGAUGCUGAAACCAAGGCGGCCGCGCGGGCUAAGCUUCAGUACAUGAUGGUGAUGGUGGGCUACCCAGACUUCCUUCUGAAACCCGAGGCCGUGGACAAGGAGUAUGAGUUUGAGGUCCACGAGAAGACCUACUUCAAGAACAUCUUGAACAGUAUCCGCUUCAGCAUCCAGCUCUCAGUCAAGAAAAUCCGGCAGGAGGUGGACAAGUCCACGUGGCUGCUCCCCCCACAGGCACUAAAUGCCUACUAUCUACCCAACAAGAACCAGAUGGUGUUCCCAGCUGGAAUCCUGCAGCCGACACUUUACGACCCUGACUUUCCGCAGUCUCUGAACUACGGGGGCAUCGGCACCAUCAUCGGUCAUGAGCUGACCCAUGGCUACGAUGACUGGGGAGGGCACUAUGACCGCUCGGGCAACCUGCUGCACUGGUGGACCGAGGCCUCCUACAGCCGCUUCCUGCGCAAGGCCGAGUGCAUUGUCCACCUCUACGACAACUUCACCGUCUACAACCAGCGGGUGAAUGGGAAGCACACCCUCGGAGAGAACAUUGCGGACAUGGGCGGCCUCAAGCUAGCCUACUAUGCAUAUCAGAAGUGGGUGCGUGAGCACGGCCCUGAGCACCCGCUGCACCGGCUCAAGUAUACGCACAACCAGCUCUUCUUCAUCGCCUUUGCCCAGAACUGGUGCAUCAAGCGGCGGUCGCAGUCCAUCUACCUGCAGGUGCUGACCGACAAGCACGCACCAGAGCACUACAGGGUGUUGGGCAGCGUGUCCCAGUUCGAGGAGUUCGGCCGGGCCUUCCAUUGCCCCAAGGACUCGCCCAUGAACCCUGCCCACAAGUGCUCUGUGUGGUGAGCCUGGCCACCAACCAUCGCCCCCCUCUCUCCCUGCACGAAUCACCUCCCGCCAGCUGCCGGGGCAGGCAUGGACCCGGCUCUGGUCCACUCGGGCGCCUCCCCCACCACCCUCGCCUCCCCGGCCCUUUUGGGACUCCGCACCCCCCCCACUGUCUCCCACUCCAGGAGAGACCCAGAGCAGGGCUGAGGCUGGGCUCCAGGAGGGCGUGGGGCAGAGACUCUAAGGUCCCCAGACUGGGCUUUUGGGAGCCAGAGCCUCCACCAGUCUGCACUGUCCAGGCCCCCCACCUUCGCUGUGUUAUUGCUGCUGAGUCUGGUCAAUAAAGCUGCUCUACUG